AUGCCACACUCCGUAACGCCAGAAGCUACGUCUGCAGAUGAGUCCUCGAGGACUGCAUCCCAGGUCGACAAUGUCAAAUCUGAGCCAGAAAUCCAGGAUGUCUCCAUGGACGAUGCACCCAGUCCGGCCGCAACAGAGAAGCCCAAGGUCAAUCUAGAAGAGUUGUUUGACGACGAGGAUUCGGAUGAAGAGUUUCCUUCUAGUGCACCUGCAGUAAAGUUAGAAGAAGAAUUGUCACAGCCCGCACCACUCAAGAUCUCGUCGAAAUCCUCCUUCUCCGACCCAGAAGUGAUGCGUGCCUUCUACCAGCGGCUCUUCCCCUUUCGUCCACUCUUCCAAUGGCUUAACGGCUCCCCCAUACCCACGCCCUCCUUCGCCCACCGCGAAUUCGCCUUUACCCUCCCCAACGACUCCUAUAUCCGUUACCAAUCCUUUCCCACCGCCGACCUGCUACGGAAACAAUGCAUACAACUGCUCCCUUCGCGUUUCGAAAUCGGCCCGCAGUACAGCACAAACCCCCGCGAUCGCAAAACAGUACGGAAAGCCAGUGCCUUCCGCCCCAUUAUGAAAGAGCUGGUAUUCGAUAUCGAUAUGACAGAUUACGACGACAUCCGAACAUGCUGCGGGGGGACGAGCAUUUGCCACAAAUGCUGGGGCUUCAUCACCAUGGCCGUCAAAGUCAUCGACGUCGCACUACGCGAGGACUUUGGCUACAAGCACAUUCUCUGGGUAUACUCGGGUCGCCGCGGAGCCCACGCCUGGGUCUGCGACAAGCGCGCCCGCGAACUCGACGACCAGAGCAGAAAGAGCAUCGCGGGUUACUUGGAACUGCUCAAAGGCGGCGACAACUCCGGCAAAAAAGUAAACUUGCGUCGCCCGCUGCAUCCCCAUAUCGAGCGCAGUCUCGCCAUCCUAAAAGAACACUUCCAGGCCGCCAUCCUCGCAGACCAAGAUCCCUGGGCUACUGAUGAGAAAGCUGCACACUUGCUCAAUCUCCUGCCUGAUACCCAGCUCCGCGCCGCGCUGCAGAAGAAAUGGGACUCGUCGCCUCAGCGUCCGAGUGCGAGCAAAUGGGCAGACAUCGACGCGCUAGCAAAGUCGGGCGCGUUGUCAAAAUCGCCCAGGGAGUUGCAGGAAGCGAAACAAGAUAUCGUGCUUGAAUACACGUAUCCCCGCCUCGACGCCAAUGUCUCGAAGAAACUCAACCAUUUGCUCAAGUCGCCGUUUGUCGUUCAUCCGGGCACGGGGCGGGUGUGCGUGCCCAUCGACACGAGGAGAGUCGAGGAGUUUGAUCCGCUGAGUGUACCGACCGUCACGCAGCUGUUGACGGAGAUUGAUGAGUGGGAGGGCGAAGAGGGGGAGAAGAAGAUGCAGGAUUGGGAGAAGACGAGUUUGAAGCCGUAUGUAGACUACUUCAGGCGGUUUGUGAGCGGGCUCAUGGAGGAGGAGAAGCCGGGGGUGAAGAGGGAGAGAGAAGAAGGAGCGGAUGCUAUGGAAUUUUAA